AUGGGAGGCUGGCUGCUUCUUUUGGCAGUGUACCAAGCAGGUGCCGUGAGUUUCUUGCGAUCAAGCAACGAGGAUAAAGCUAUCACGUCGUUGGUGGCUGCAGUGCAAGCGGACGUGCAAUCCGAAGUGCUCGCUCGGGAUGGAUUUCGGGUAGACCGGUCAGCUGGCCCCGUGCUGAGCCCAGUGGACGGCGGAGCGCUGGGGGGGGCGGCUCCCGCUCCGGCUCCCGCUCCGGCGCCGGCGCCGGUUCCCGCACCCGGACCGGCUCCUGGGCCGGCACCGGCAGUCGUGGUCGCCGCAUCUCCCACUGUGGGCAGCAUCCCCUUGGGCGAAGGCUCGAUGGGCCCUCCCACAGUUGACUUCACGAGAACCGUGUGUGGGGUGGAUUAUUACAUGCUUGCAGGCAAAGCAAAGCUGCAAGCAUCAUUCGAGCAUGCGCUGAAGGAGGCGAUCUUGUCCGAGGUUGGGCACAACCUCAAGGAGCAGGACGUCAAAGUGGAGCUCCGGCCUGCACCUGGAGCCGUCCUGGCACAGUCUGUCAUCGACGUGUCGGCAACCAGCGCACUUGCAGUAAGGCAAGCGCUCGAUGGUCAUGUCGUCGAGUCAGACUUGGCCGUCGCCAUCAGAACUCUGGCCGGAAUCGACGAAGUGGGUACCGGCACUAUCGCAGUGCACGCUCAACCCUCAGAGUGCCAGGAGGGGAUUGCAAAUAUGUCUGGUCAUGAACAUGUCUGGUCUUGUUCGGUGUUGAAAACCGAGUUGUCUUUGGUAGCCGUCGGCAGGACUCGGCUUCAGCGUCAGCCCAUCCGAGCUUGA